CGAACGAAGUGAAUAAAUAAAUUCAAGUAUGAGUCGAAGUGUGAAUAUUAAAAGGCGAAUCGGGAUUAGAGAGAUUUGAUUUCUCGUGUUCUUUCUCUUUUAAUGUUAAUAUAAAUGUAAAAUAAAAUGUGAAAGCGAGCCAGUCGAUAUUACAAAUAUCAAAACCUGUCCUCGAAGCUACAGGUGCGUGUGAAGCGAGGCCUUAGAGACAUACUUAAAUAAUUGUAUAAUUUUUAGAUAAACGAUAUGAAUACCAGUUAAUGGAACGUGAAUUAAAUUUCAAAUUGAAACGUAAUAUAUUGAUUCUAAAAAAGAAAUGAUGCACAUAUAAAAGUUAAAUUUUAACAUAAUACACGAAGCUGCAAACAAGAUGGGACUAGCUGUGCAGGUCAUUUUGAUGAUGGGAACUUUUUCCGUCACUCUGCAACAGCCUACUUUAUUCAGAAACACGUACAAAGGUCUUCGCGGAAUUGUUCCGAAGGCUAGACUUCCCGACGACGAAAUGCGGGCGGCUUAUUAUCACGAUCAAACCGUCGCCGUUAUCGAUCUCAGCAACACCAAUCAGCUGGAAAAUUGCAACAUCGUCGAGGUCUAUGAAUCUUCCGAAGUUAUGGAAGUUUUGAAGAAUUUAUCGACUGAAAUUAAACCACAAGAAGUAUCUUUUAAUGAAAUGACCACACUUAUGCGUCAAUGCGAACUUUUAGAAGAGAUGCAAGAAGAUGCAAUAUCCACAUUACCGAUUGACGCAACCAACAGAUCGAAUAAACCCAGCAUUAAUCCUCUCAGUUUGCUUUUUGGUAUUCUACCUGGAACAAAGUGGUGUGGCACAGGAGAUAUCGCUGAUAACUAUCAUGAUUUGGGACGUGAGGCUCAAAUAGAUAGGUGCUGCCGAAGUCAUGAUCUUUGCCCAGUAAAAGUCAGAGCGCAAAAAAGUAGAUAUAAUCUGACCAAUAAUUCUAUUUAUACCAAGUCCCAUUGUGUUUGCGAUGAGAUGCUCUAUCAAUGUUUGAAGAAAUCUUAUCAUCCAACGGCCGAUGUUAUGGGACGUAUUUAUUUCAAUUUUGUAAGAGUACCCUGCUUAGAAGAUGUGCCCAGUAGCCCGGAAGGGUCUGAAAGAAGAUUCAGAGAUGUGAAAAUGGAUUACUGAGCUGUGGACCACGUUAUUAAAGCAUUAUUGCCGUCUGUAAGUAAAAUGUAA